AUGCUUCCUCUCAAAAACGUUGCUACAUCAUUAUUGUCAUCUUCGUCGUCUUCGUCACUGUCACCAAGAUUCGUUUCUUCAUCUUCAGUCAACACUGAAGUUUACAAUCAUAGCAUAUUUGAUCCAGUCGAGAGUGAGCCAUCGGUCCAGGAUAAUACUCAGUGCCCAACUCAAGAAGCUAUGACUGAACAAUGUUCAGAUAGUGUACAUUUCGAAUCAUCUGAAAGUAACAUUGAUAUUAGACGUUUUUAUUAUGGAGAAAAUCAAAUUGAUUAUGAUAACCAAUAUGCUGACAAUUUAUUCAACUUUUAUUAA